AUGGCGCGAGAGAAACCUUUCCUGGUCAUCGACUUCUAUGCUGUCCUGUCUCCAGGUUUCGCCUUCCAUCUGCUGGCCCCCCGGGAUGGCCCUGCCUGCGGCACCGUCAUCAAGGAGGGGGUGCUGACCAAGCAGAGCAGCUCGUUCCAGCGGUCCAAGCGCAGGUACUUCAAGCUGCGGGGCCGCACGCUGUACUACGCCAAGACCGCGAAGUCCAUCAUAUUUGAUGAGGUGGACCUGACAGACGCCAGCGUGGCUGAAUCCAGCACCAAAAACGUCAACAACAGCUUUACGGUCAUCACCCCAUGCAGGAGACUUAUCCUCUGCGCUGACAACAGGAAGGAAAUGGAAGACUGGAUCGCAGCCCUGAAGACCGUUCAGAACCGGGAGCAUUUUGAGCCCACCCAGUACAGCAUGGACCACUUCUCGGGGACGCACAACUGGUACGCCUGUUCCCACGCCAGGCCCACCUACUGCAACGUGUGUCGGGAGGCCCUGUCGGGGGUCACGUCCCACGGGCUGUCCUGUGAAGUGUGCAAGUUCAAGGCCCACAAACGGUGUGCCGUGCGCGCCAGCAACGACUGCAAGUGGACCACGCUGGCCUCCAUCGGCAAGGACAUCAUCGAGGACGAGGACGGGAUCUCCAUGCCGCACCAGUGGCUGGAGGGGAACCUGCCCGUGAGCGCCAAGUGCACCGUGUGCGACAAGACCUGUGGCAGCGUGCUGCGCCUGCAGGACUGGCGCUGCCUCUGGUGCAAGGCCAUGGUCCACACGUCCUGCAAAGACUCUUUGGCGACCAAGUGCCCGCUGGGCCUUUGCAAGGUGUCGGUCAUCCCGCCCACCGCUCUCAACAGCAUCGACUCCGACGGUUUCUGGAAAGCCACGUGCCCUCCGUCCUGCACCAGCCCACUGUUGGUCUUUGUCAACUCCAAAAGCGGGGACAACCAGGGGGUGAAGUUCCUCAGAAGAUUCAAGCAGCUGCUGAACCCCGCCCAGGUCUUCGACCUCAUGAACGGAGGCCCGCAUCUCGGCUUACGCCUGUUCCAGAAGUUCGACACCUUCCGGAUUCUGGUUUGUGGCGGGGACGGCAGUGUCGGCUGGGUCCUCUCCGAAAUCGACAGCCUCAACCUUCACAAGCAGUGCCAGCUAGGAGUGCUGCCCCUGGGCACUGGGAACGACCUGGCCCGCGUGCUGGGCUGGGGUUCGGCCUGCGAUGACGACACCCAGCUCCCUCAGAUCUUGGAGAAGCUGGAGAGAGCCAGCACCAAGAUGCUGGACAGGUGGAGCGUCAUGGCGUACGAGACCAAGCUCCCUCGGCAGGCCUCGUCCUCUGCCGUCACCGAAGUCUUGAGCGAAGGUUCUGAGGUGCAGCAGAUUCUCUUCUAUGAAGACUCAGUCGCCGCCCAUCUUUCCAAGAUCCUGACCUCCGACCAGCACUCGGUGGUGAUCUCCUCGGCCAAAGUUCUCUGUGAGACAGUGAAGGACUUCGUGGCCCGGGUGGGGAAGGCCUACGAGAAGACGACAGAGAGCUCGGAGGAGUCGGAGGUCAUGGCCAAGAAGUGCUCAGUCCUGAAAGAGAAACUAGACUCACUCCUCAAGACCUUGGACGACGAAUCCCAGGCCACGUCCUCGCUGCCCACCCCGCCCCCCACCAUUGCUGAGGAGGCGGAAGAUGGGGAUGGCGGGGGUGGUGGCUGCAGCCCCACGGGGGACCGCUCCGUGGGCUCGGCCUGCCCAGCCCGGCCGCAGAUCUUCCGGCCCCGGGAGCAGCUCAUGCUGAGAGCCAACAGCCUGAAGAAGGCCAUCCGCCAGAUCAUCGAGCACACGGAGAAAGCCGUUGACGAGCAGAACGCCCAGACCCAGGAGCAGGAGGGCUUUGUCCUCGGCCUCGCGGAGUCGGAGGCGAAGAGAGACCAGAAGCCGGACGGCAGGACAUGUUCCGGCGAGAGCGGCGGGGCCGCCCAGGCCAGGAGCCUCCGCAGAGUGGGCAAGGCCCCGAGUGAGAAGCUGACCAGCAAGGGGAGUUUGUCUCUGGGCAGCUCUGCCUCCCUCCCUCCCCCGUCAGGAAGCCGCGACGGCCUGCCUGCGCUGAACACCAAGAUCCUCUUCCCCAGGGACACUUUCCCGAGAGUCAGCUGGCCAGUGCUGCCCGCGCAGUCGCGGCGAGACAGCCGCGGUCUGACCCCGCCCUCGCCCCGCAGCGAGCGCUACACGGAGCGGUGCGUCAUGAACAACUACUUCGGCAUCGGCCUGGACGCCAAGAUCUCUCUGGACUUCAACAACAAGCGGGACGAGCACCCCGAGAAGUGCAGGAGUCGGACCAAGAACAUGAUGUGGUACGGCGUGCUGGGGACCAGGGAGCUGCUGCACAGGACAUACCGCAACCUGGAGCAGAAGGUCCUGCUGGAGUGUGACGGGCGGCCCAUCCCGCUGCCCAGUCUCCAGGGCAUCGCUGUCCUCAACAUCCCCAGCUACGCGGGAGGCACCAACUUCUGGGGAGGCACCAAAGAAGACGAUACCUUCACCGCUCCGUCGUUCGAUGACAAGAUCCUGGAGGUGGUGGCCGUGUUCGGCAGCAUGCAGAUGGCCGUGUCCCGCGUCAUCAAGCUGCAGCAUCACCGUAUCGCCCAGGGGACGGUCCCCACGUCCCUGACUUCUAGCGAGGCCUGGGGCCUCGUGCAGCGCCUGGACAGCAUCUUGUCCUGCGCGAGGUCUGAGCCGGGGCACGGGGGCACUGUCUCGGCCAGGUCCUCACGUCCCCGUGGCAUCCGGGAGAUCGCCCAGUCCCACCGAGACCUGGAGCAGGAGCUGGCCCACGCCGUCAACGCCAGCUGCAAGGCCAUGGACCGAGUGUACGGCAAGCCCCGGACCUCGGAGGGGCUCAGCUGCAGCUUCGUCCUGGAGAUGGUGAACAACGUGAAGGCCCUGCGCAGCGAGACGGAGAGAUCUCUCUGGACUUCAACAACAAGCUUCUCCCUGACAGUCCACCUCUGGGGCACAGAGGAGGUUGCGGCCUGGCUGGAGCACCUCAGCCUCUGUGAGUACAAGGACACCUUCACGCGGCACGACAUCAGGGGCCCCGAGCUCCUGCACCUGGAGCGCCGGGACCUCAAGGACCUCGGGGUGACCAAGGUGGGCCACAUGAAGCGCAUCCUGUGCGGCAUCAAGGAGCUGAGCCGCAGCGCCCCUGCCGCCGAGGCCUAGCCCCGGCCCUGCCGGCCUGUGUCCCCCGCGCGCCCCGAGACUGAGCGGGCCCCUCAUGGUGCUACCCCCUUCGCUCGCAACAGGAAGCCUCUGAGCCUGCCCAGCGCCAACACAGCUACCUUUGAAGUGCCGCCCUGGCGUGGCGGGCAGCGCACCGGCCUGGGCGCCGUCCCGCUGGCCUGCGCGGGGCUUCUCUGCUGCGGCCUCACAGCCAGCUGCUCGCAGCCAGGUCCACGGGUGCCCCGGGCUCGCCGGCCUGUGGCUCCUGGUAGCCACUGCGAGGGCCCUCCGCCCACAUGUGCCCGCCCGUCUGCGCAGGUCUGGGGGGAGCGCCCUCGCGCCCAGUGCGCCGCCGAGGAGCCCUGCUCUCGCGGAGCCUGGCUGCCUCUACGGGUGCGGGCGGGCCCCCAGCUUGCUGGAGGUCUGAGGGGGUCUCUCAGGAAGACUCUGGGCUCCCACUGGCUCCUGGCAGCAGCAGCUCUCGUGCGCUGGUCCCCAUGGCCGCAGACUUGGCUCAACCUGUCAGAGGUUGGCAGUCCUGAAAAGGGGUGUCUGUGACCAGCUCUGAUGUGGGGGACCAGCCCGCCACAGCCA